AGUGACUUUAUGUUCCAACUUUGAUCUAAGUGAUAUCACUUGCGACUGACUCGGACUUGAACUUGUUGAAAUGUCACUGGCAGUGGUUGUAUGUCUCAAUCCCGAGCUAUAACUAGUGCCAUGCUGCGAACUCUAAGGCAAAGAUCCCAGCUGGCCUUUUACGUUUCUCACUGGCAUGCCAACUGACUGGCAGUACCCACGACUCGCCGAUUCAUCGACUCGGACAUAUUCAUCUUCGACACCAGUUGUAUAAUGUCCUACUUACGCAUACAUGCAUACACGAUCAACAUGAACGCCAUAUCGAUUCUACGAAACACGUCUGUUGUGACCAAGAAAUGCUAUAUAGAAGUCGAAGAACCCCUUUAAUGGCUGAACGUGCAAGACGGUGGAUGGGAGAAAACCGAAGCGGAGGUCCGAACCUUGUCGCCAUAAAUAUGGGUGAUGAGAGUUUAGAGGGUAUAUAAUGAACCAAGAAGCAUAUACAAGCUCCUCAUUGUGUAUCAGAGUAACCGUACUCCUCAGCCCACCAGUAGGACGUUGAAAACAUGAAAGUUUUGGUCAUUGGAGCUUCUGGGUUCAUUGGACUUCCUGUGGCUCAGGCUUUGAGUCGAGCUGGUCACACAGUAUACGGUUUAACUCGUUCCCCCGUUAAGGCCAAGCAACUCGCAGCAGACGAAGUUAUCCCUAUCGUGGGCGAAGUUGCCAAGCCCGAACCAUGGAUUGGUCUUGUUGCCACUCUUGACGUUGUCAUCGAAGCUUUGGGUGGUACAGCAGAUUUACGAUCAGGCGCAAUAGCUUUGCUGGAGGCAGUUGGUGCCGUGGCGAAAAGCACCCGCCCAGCAUCCGCCCCCAAGUUGACUUACAUAUACACGUCGGGGUGUUGGGUUCAUGGCGAGAGUCUUCAUGACUUUGUUUCCGACACAACGCCCAUCACGAACCCCGUGAAGCUCGUAGCGUGGCGGCCGGAGGUAGAACAGCGAUUCCUCCAAGACCCUAUUGUCAAAGGGAUCGUCAUCCGUCCUGCACUGCUUUACGGCAAGUCAGGGUCUUUGCUUGCCUCCUUGUUCGAAGGAGCCUCCAAAGGAAAGGUCGAGUGGUACGGAAAGCCAGGAGGACGCUUCUGUCUCAUCCACCCUGAUGACUUGGCAGACAUAUAUGUCAGAACUGCUGAGAAGGCACAGAUUCUGGGGUCCAUCGCUAUCGAUGCUUCCAAUGAUUAUACGGAAUCUGUAGAUGAUGUCUUACAGAGGCUUGUUGAGGUCUCAGGGGCGGAGGGCCCUUAUGAAUUCGUUACGCCUUCGAAUUUGUUUGAGAGUGCUCUCGCUACAACAACACUUCUUCGUCCUUACCUCGCCAAGACACUUCUUGGCUGGCAGCAGAAAAAACCCGGUUUACUGGAAGGACUGCCCAUGUAUUAUGCUGCAUGGCAAGCUAGUCAAGAUGGACAGGAAAAGAAAGAUAAAUUAUUUGCCAAAGUAUGAAAGACUGUCAAACUGUACUAUAUCUAGCCAUCGAUAGUCCAAAUGAAAGAGUACUGAUACAUGAUAUGCAAUCACUCUUGACCGUCCGCUC